AUGUCGAAGUCUUCGAUUGUCAAAGUCGCAGUCACGCAACAUGAACCUGUGUGGUUCGAUCUCACAGCUACGGUGGAUAAGACUUGCAAAUUGAUCGCCGAGGCAGCAAGGGAAGAUGCGAAAUUAGUUGUUUUUCCUGAGGUUUGGAUUCCAGGAUAUCCGGCCUGGAUCUGGCAGCGUCCCAUGGAUGUAGAGCUCGGGACCAAGUACGUCAAAAACUCCCUAUCGUAUGACUCCCCCGAGAUGGCCAGGAUUUGCACUGCAGCCCGCACAGCUCGUAUCGCCGUAGUCCUCGGUUUCAGCGAAAACGACCACAACAGUCUAUACAUAGCGCAAUGCAUCAUCAACGCCUCGGGUACCAUCGUGAUGAAGCGACGCAAAAUCAAACCCACGCAUAUGGAGCGCACCGUGUAUGGGGACGGCGACGGUACCAGUCUCAACAACGUGGUAGAGGUCGAGGGCAUCGGACGAGUCGGUGGACUGAAUUGUUGGGAGCACAUGCAACCGCUUCUUAAGUAUCACACGAAUAGCCAGCAUGAGGAGAUCCAUGUUGCGGCGUGGCCGCCUAUGCAUUUAGCGGAGAAAGGGGUUGAAAAUAAGGUGGCCUGGGGUAUGAGUACUGAAGGCGCUAGUGCUCUUUCUCGCGUCCACGCCAUAGAAGCUUCGACUUUCGUCUUAUGUUGCCAUCCUACCAUCUCGACUGCUGGCAUUACCGCCCACCGUGUCGAAGGCAACCCGCUCUUCGGCCACAUUGGCGGUGGCGAUUCGGCUGUGUAUGGGCCCGACGGGCGGAGGAUGACGGAGCCUCUUGGUAUGGAUGUAGAGGGUUUCGUGUUUGCCGAUUUAGACAUGGAUGAGUUGAUUAGCAUAAGACUGUUCGCGGACGCUGUGGGCCAUUACUCCAGGCCCGACUUGCUUUGGCUGGGCGCGGAUACUAGGGAAAAGAAGCAUGUUAAGAGGGAGGGCGAUGGUGGUAGUGCGGGUAGGGAGGAGAAGCUCGCGCUGGAGGAAGACAAGGGGGAAGUAUGA